UGUGUCAAAUCGUAACCGUCACAUUCCAUCAUAAAAAUUUACAGUUAACAAAAUCAUUUUUUUAACCGAAACUAUUGUGUUGAUUUUAACCUAGUUCCCUGAUUGCUCCACUGCAGAGGGAUUUUAACAGUAAGCGCCCAUGGCUGUAACAAUGGCGUUGGAAGAGAGUAACUCCGACUCAAAGCUUCACAAAGACAGCACCAACAAAAAGGAGCUGCGGCCACAUAGCGCUGUCUCAUAUUCAAGGUCUGAACACGGACCAGAAACAACGUCCUCUGUAGAACAAUUAAAGCAGUAUAAGAGCUGGGUGAGUAGCGAAAGAUGGAAUGAGUUGAAAAAGAUAGCGGACACCGCGAUGAAGGAUCACAAAGUGUUUAUGAUAAAGGGCGGUGGAUUUCCCGCCGUACGUAGAGCGUUAACAGAACGUGGGUGGGUCGAGAAAUAUGAAUCACAUAAGGUUCGUCAUCCGCCGCCAAAUAUUGAUCCGAAAAAAGUGGUGGGCAAAGAACUCACAAAGGUAGAGAGGAUGAUAUUGUACAAGUUUAUGGAACACCACUCCGUUGACUUUCUCUGGACGACAAAAAGGGACAAAUAUGACUGGUUAUUGAGCAAUAAGGAGGUCGUUAUCAGCAGGUUUUGUAGGUCUAUAUUCACAACAAAAGAAGGUCUCACCGCUUCACUUACUCAAAUGCAUUGGUACACGGAUCCCGGGACAGCACUAACAAACUUUCCUCGCUGCUACAACAUACAUAACUCCGAAAACUUGGAAGAGUUCAUAGAAGACUUUCGAACUACAGCUUGCAUUAGUCUAGUCAAAUGGUUCUGUCGAAUGUUCGAACCGAACAAUGAAAAUAAUCCGGUCACUAACCGCGGGAAAGUACCGUUUACUGCUAUUGAAUUUGCUAUAAAUAGAGUAAAUGAAUACAUUGUAUUCUAUUCCCACAAGGAUAUCGAUAAUAUCGACGAUGAAAUCCAACAUAUAUGGGAACACGAGUGGGACCAAUUCCUAACACAUCACUAUCUUUUGGUGCACGAAAAAGCAAAAUUUAUGGCAGAUUCUAAUGUCAACGUUAGACAAAUAGAAAGAAGGGCCAGCAAGGCUUUGGCAUCGAUAGCACAGCAUUGGCCGCAGCUAGAUAUCGACGGGGUUUUAAACAUUUGGAUCGUAAAGCCGGGUAAUAAAUGUCGCGGGAAAGGGAUCCAACUCAUGAAUAAUAUUAAAGAUAUCAUUGGUCUUCUUAAUAUUCCCGCUCAGAAAAGUAGAUACGUCGUACAGAAAUAUAUCGAAAACCCGCUUAUAAUAUACAAUACAAAAUUUGACAUACGACAAUGGUUUUUAAUAACGAAUUGCCAACCACUAACCAUCUGGAUAUACAAAGACAGCUACCUAAGGUUCAGUUCACAAAUAUUCAGUUUGUCAAAUUAUCAUGAAUCCGUACAUCUUACAAAUAAUGCCGUGCAAACUAAAUAUAAAAAUAAUGGUGAGAGAGACAAGGCUUUACCUGAUGAAAAUAUGUGGGACUGCCAUUCUUUCAAAGCUUACCUUAGACAGAUAGGAAAGUCUGAAUUAUGGGAUUCAAAAAUAUACCCCGGUAUCAAGCAAUGUCUCAUCGGAGCGAUGCUGGCUUGUCAAGAGAGCAUGGAUAAGAGGCAAAAUAGCUUCGAAUUAUACGGAGCUGAUUUCAUGACGACCUCGGUCACAGCGCGACUCUGUCCUCAAUGUCUUGAAGAUGUAAUUAAAGUUGUUCUAGAUCGACGAUACAAUGCGGACGCCGACACUGGCACAUUCGAGUUAGCCUACAAGCAGGUCAUCCCCAAGGCGCCGGCGUACCUCGGCCUCUCGCUUUGUAUCAAUGGAAGGCGGCUCCACAAGAAGCAGCUCAAGGAACACAAACAUCAUCACAGGAGCAAAGAUGGUAUUCUAUUAGGCCCCAAGGAUUCUCUAACGGUACGCCAAGCGGUAACUGUUAUUAAAGCAAAUAACGCCCUAAAGUCUGGUUUGAAAAAACGUAAAUCAUCCGCGCUCUCUUCUAGGAUCCGAGGAAGACGCGAAAAAAAUCAAGAAUCUAGACGACGUGUCGUGAGACAUUCUUGCUGCAGACCCGAGGACGACCAGGAGGCGAAACUAAGCAGAAAAUAUCGUACCGAGUCGGCGAGGAAAUCAGAUAAGCCGAAAAUCGAUAUGUCGGUUGGUAACAAACGGUGUUACAUCGACCCCGUGGAAUGGGAACGGGAGACGGCCAGCAUAUUAAGAUCCACGAUUUCGGUUCAAAACAAACUCGCAGUUCGUACUGAAAAUUUAGCGCCUGUGAGACAAACAAAAUCGGGUCUCGUUGGUAUCAAUCAAAAGUCUUCAUUGCAACCGAUGAGCUCACGAAGUUGUGCUAACGAUUCAAACUCAUUGAAAAAACUAAGCGCCAUCGGUAGAAAUAUUUGUAGAAUUCAAGAUGAAAAUAGAGUUAAACAGAAAUCAAUUAGUUUUACAAAAAGCUGCACAUCAAUCUACCCGACCUACGGAGUCGUAGUAUUGCCCCCGAAUGACGAAAAUCCUAAUACAUUAUUCAAGAGAAAGACCGCAAUCUGAAUAUCUCCAACUAUAUGAAAAACUUUGUUACUAUAUCAGAAUCUAAAUUAUGGAAGUGUUACAGAUGAUACAAUGUUGAAAAUAUAUGGUAUUUACUACAUUUGUUGAAAUUUUAAAGUUUAUUACCACAAAUAAAACAUUAAUAUUUGCA